AUGGAGUGCAGGAAAUUUGAUAUUACUCUUGUUUCUGCCAAUAAUCUCCCUAACGUUAGGGAUUUUGGCAGGAUGAAAGUUUAUGCUGAAGUUUCAAUCAAUGGCAUAUCUAAAACAGCAAAGAAAGCCGAAGUGGACAAGAAAAACGAGUGCAGUCCCUGCUGGAAUUGCACCAUCGGAUACACAAUAGGUGAGAGAGCAGUCCAACAAGAAACUGGUGUUGAAAUUGCAAUCAAGUUAUUCUGUAAAAGGACACUUGGGGAUAGAUAUAUUGGUGAAGUGAAACUACCAUUGAAGAGUCUUUUUGAGAAUGGACCUACAGCUCAAAAUAUUAGUUAUGUCGUGGAUGGAACAGCUAGUGGAACCCUAGUUAUUUCGUACAGGUUCGGAGAAAUGAUUGUUGUUAAGAAACCUUCUGGUUGGGAUACAGCAAUCAGGAUAAUUAUGAGCCUCGGGGUUACGCUACUGAUAAAGGGAACCAUUAUCCUGAUAACCGGAGGGGCCUCUGAUGGCGGCUUUGAUAUUCCGAUUUUCACCGAUUCUUGUGAUAUUAUUGAUCUAGUCGGUGAUAUUGCUAUUGAAGAUAUAGUCGUCAUCGAGUGA